CUUGGCGAGCGCCAGUCAAGAUUACGCUCUGGUCGCGACCGGUCGUAAAGUGUUCUGCUCUUUUAAAUUCGGAAAUUCUGGCGGUUUUUUUUUUUCUUCUAGUAAACCGUACCGCACGAUAUCGAUCCAUGUGUGUGGUGUUCCCCGUCCCCUCGAGAAAUGAGUUACUUACGUGAGGUGUAAAUUGUUGGUCUCCGGAUGGUUCCACGGGGUGGAGUGAAGGAAGGGGGGGUUCGAGUUUUAUUUUUGUAUAUCCAAUGUUUGCCAAUGUUCCCGGUCUGAAUUUUUGGCGAGUGCCCUCAGAGUGGAAGGAACGGACCCUGUCAUUAGCAAGGAAUUUUAAUCUGUUGUGUGCUAAGGACGAGUGUACUGCAACUUUGUUGCAGUGUGAAAUGUGCGGUAAACAUCCCUGUCACGUUAAUGAGUAGCUCAUCUAUUGCGAAGAAAAAUGACAAUCGUUGCGGUCAGAUAACGCUUUGGUUGGUGUUGAAUUGUGGGAAAGUGCUUCUGGCAAAUGUUCAAAACCAACAUAAGUGAAAGACCCCCCACAUUAAAAAAACGGCACACAUUAUUGUAAACAAGAGCAGGCGUCGUUUUUCUGAGUGGCAAUCAUUUGUAAAACAACAACUCAACUCAACCACCAAAUUUGAAGAUGUUGAAAGCAGACAACAACCCAUCAAGAUAGGAAAAGAAAAAACAGUUAAAAGAGAAAUGUAUUAAUUAGCCGAACUUAACCUGAAAUUCGACAGCCACCAUCGAUCGGCGGUUGCCUCGAAUCAAUGAAAUUGAAAAACCCCUUUCGAUUCGAUUCGACUUGAUAGUGGCAGCGCAUACACAUGACCAUUGAAAAGUCAAUCAGCAGGGUCAGCUGCAUCGUGAUGUGUCAGUGGGAGUGAUUUCGGCUAUUUCCAUUUGGGUGUUUGGUUUUAUUUUUGUUGUUUCGUCACUGUCAUUCACGCGAUUUGGUCUCGUGCGCUUGGUCCAAAGUCCAAAGCAAAACCCUUUGCCAAGUUCUAGGAGCUGACUGCUACUGUUGAAUUGCAUAACAACGUCUUCGCUGCUGAUCUAAACUGGUGAAGCGUUGUGCAGCUCCUGUACUCCUGAAAAAUGGCUUCGUUCGGCGUUUGGAACUAUGUUGUGUUCAUUGGCAUGUUGCUGGUAUCAGCUGGAAUCGGUGUUUAUUAUCGGUUCUCGGGUGGCAAGCAGAAAACCACCACGGAAUACCUGCUUGCCGAUCGGAACAUGUCCAUCUGGCCGGUGUCGUUCAGUCUGAUGGCCAGCUUCAUGUCCGCCAUCACGUUGCUCGGCGUCUCGAACGAAAACUACCAAUUCGGAACGCAGUUCGUGGUGAUCAACUUUUCGUACGGGUUGGCCACCCCGAUCGCUGCCUAUCUGUUUCUGCCAGUAUUCUUUAAGCUGCAAGCCUGUAGUGCCUAUCAGUAUCUGGAGCUUCGGUUUGGCAAGAAGACCCGGCUGAUGGCUUCGCUAGCGUACUCGCUUCAGAUGAUCUUGUACAUGGGAAUUGCCGUAUACGCUCCAGCUUUGGCUCUGGAAGCCGUCACCGGGCUGGACCAAACCUAUUCCAUCUUGGUGAUUGGAAUUGUGUGCACCUUCUACUCGACCAUCGGUGGAAUGAAGGCUGUCCUGUUUACGGACGUGUUCCAGUCGAUUCUGAUGUUUGCGGCCAUCUAUGCCGUUAUAAUUUGUGCGGCAGUUAAGGCCGGAGGACUCGGGCCCAUUUGGGAAGCAGCCGAACGAGGUGGACGGUUGGAACUUUGGAAUUUCAAUCCGGAUCCCACAACUCGGCACACCUGGUGGUCUCUGGUAAUAGGAGGAAUGUUCACUUACUUAUCGCUAUACGCAGUAAAUCAAACCCAGGUUCAGCGACUUCAAACCGUUAAAGAUCUGAAAUCGGCCCAAAAAGCUCUGUGGCUUAACUGGCCGAUCCUGUCGCUACUAAGUUUGAGCACAUCCUUCAGUGGCCUGGCGCUGUACUAUUUCUACAGUACCUGUGACCCGUUGAAGCAGGGUCGUAUCAAGGUUCGCGAUCAAACCAUGCCACUAUUUGUGGUGGAUGCCAUGAGUGAUCUACCCGGAUUACCUGGCCUGUUUGUAUCCGGAAUAUUCUCGGCCAGUUUAUCAUCCGUAUCGGCGGCCUUAAACUCUCUGGCCGCAGUCACGUUGGAAGAUUACCUCAAACCCCUGUAUGCCAAGAUCAAGAAACGACCUCUGCCGGAUAUGCAGUCCAGUCUACCGACAAAAAUUAUGGCCUUUCUCUACGGCAUAAUCUGUUUGGCGGUAGCCUUCCUAGCACAAUUUAUGGGUGGAGUGCUGCAAGCCUCGUUGACUAUUUUUGGCGUUAUCGGAGGACCACUUUUCGCUCUAUUUUCUAUGGGAAUGUUCACUAAACUGGCCAAUCAGAGGGGUGUCAUGACUGGACUUACGAUAGGUAUUUCGUUUUCCCUCUGGGUGGGCUUUGGCCAGCCAAGGCCCCCACUGAAGAUGUUAGACUUCUCUGUCGAGGAUUGCGACCAAUUUGGCGGUUUCAACAGCACCAAUAUGUCUCCGAUGGCGAUGGCCCAACGAGCAGAACGGCCGGAUUCCGACUACUUCUACCUGUACCGGUUAUCCUACCUUUGGUCGGUAGUCUUGGGUUACAUUGUAACCUUCGUGAUAGGUUACACGGUCAGUGCCCUCCUACACUAUACUGGACACAGCGGCACGGAACGGAUAUACCUGGACAACGACAAGCUGUACAUCAACACCGAUCUGUUUUCCCCACCGGUGGCCAAACGCAUGAAGCGAUCGCUGGCCAGGCACAUAGAAAAUGGAGGAGAAAUCGAAAUUACCAAACGAAACGUUUUCGGCAAAUCAGACUUCAGUCAUCUAUGAUGGCUGACACACGAUUCAUCUAACCAUCCUUAAGACUACUACUUAAUAUAUAGCAGAGUUGCCCGUUGCCUGUUGUUCAUCUAGCUCAAUAACAUAAGAUCAUCUCCAGAAAUCCUCAAGUACCUUGAACGUGAUCGAGAAGCUAUCAAAUUAGAGAGAACGAUGAAAAACAGUUAAUCAUCCUUAAAGUAUUCUAUAGACACCGAUUGGCUGAGAUGUGUGACUCCGUACCAGUUUUUACGGAAAAUACGUUAAAUUAGUUCCUCCUCUGAACAGGAAACUACUUCAAUCCAACGCAUCGGAACGAGCACAAAAAUUGUGAAACAAAUGGCAUUUUGAGAUGUUUAAAAAAAAGUGAAAAAAACCAAACCGUACGUACGUCUUCCAGCAACUUAGAAUGAAGCUAAAACAAUAAUUAGGUACUAACUAGGUUAUAAAGAAAAGUAGCAGAAGGUAUAGCACACGCUACAAACGCAAGUGAGACCGUCAUUACUUAAUGAGUUUUUAAGGGCAACGUAAUCCCCGCGUGCUUCAAUUUAUGUUUUAAUUCGUAAUUUAAUAGUUAUUACAAUGUUAAACGUGUGCUUUUUAGGGAGAACUAAGUUUCUACUUUAUUAAGAUUAUUUUAUUGUACAUUCGAUGAAGAGAGAUAUAAUAUUAAAAUGCAGGGUUGUCGUAUAAGAACGAUUAUAAUAAAUCGAAUAGGUGUACCUAUAAGUAGAAAUGUGUAUGAUCAAUCAA